AUACGAGUCUGAAAACGCAAUGAAAUUUGUCAUUGAGCAAGAAUCCCCAGAAUAAACAAGGUGCGCUGAGGAUAAAUUGCGAACAAACAAAGAAAGCGGUAUUUCAAGGGGAAUUCAGAGACUCAUCGCUGAAAACAGCCGGAAAUCAGAAUGGCUGAUCAAACGAACAUCGUAAAGGAAGAGCGACCGCAGUCCACAGGAGAUUACGAACCAAUGUCGGCCGACCAGACAGAAGGUACAGCUAUAUCACCAAAGUUAUUUUCUCCAACGAAACUGCGCUUCCCCAAACACAUCCACACUCCAAUGGAUGACAAAUUUCAGGAGAUCGCAGAUCACCUUCACCAACGCAUUUUGGUAGACCCAGAAUUAGCCAAUGAAAUUUCAGCGCCAUAUGAGCUUCCACAGUAUCCCAUUGAACAAAGAGAACAGAAGAACAAACUUGCACGCCAACUUAGUCACAACAGUACACAUAUUCUUGAUUCAACAUGGAGUUUUGAUAAAAGAUCCAAGCAACAUGCAGAGAGUGGGGGACACAUGGGUCACAUGCAUGUGCACACACACGGCUCACAUGUACAUACACACGGGCCACUCGUACGCCAGGCGCACACAAUGCAGGAAGAACUGGCCAUGCUCAGUGAACAGGAGAUGGCAGUGGAUGCAGAGGAGGAGAGAGUGGAGGCAGAAUGUUUGGAAACCGUGUUCCAGAGAGUCAGCAUCAGUGGAGAGGACAACAGUGGGGUACCACUAGCAGACCUGAAGGAGGCCUCUAAGAGCUUGGUGCGAGCUCUGCUGAUCCGUGAGAAGUACAUGGCGAUGUCUUUACAGAGUUUCCCAGGUACCACAGCCAGACACCUGCAGAAGAUGGAGGCCAAAGGCAUCUUUGAGGGGGACGAGUUUGAAGAAAUUGAACACAAUGCCAAAAAUGGAGAAGAGUAUGUGGAGCCCCCAAACAUCCAGUCAGAUCCCUUCCACAUUGAGUUCCCAGACGCAGUUGGCUGUCACUUCAAGCUGCGCCAUGGUGUGAUGUACGUGUACAAAGACCAGGAGUGCGUAGAGAGAGACGAACCCAUAGAGUGGCCGUACCCUGACCUGGAGACUUUCAUAGACGACCAUAACCUCAUGUGUGUCCUCAUGUCAGACGGACCUCUAAAAUCAUUCUGCUACAGACGUCUGUCAUAUCUGUCCUCCAAGUUCCAGCUUCACAGCCUCCUAAAUGAGAUGAGAGAGGCAGCGGCACAGAAGGAAGUGCCCCACAGAGAUUUCUAUAAUAUAAGAAAGGUGGACACUCACGUCCAUGGUACGUCCAGUAUGAACCAGAAGCACCUGUUGAGGUUCAUCAAGAAGACUAUGAGGACCAGUGCCAGCGAUGUCGUCUGUAAAGAUAACAAUGGCAAGGAGAUGACACUGGAGGAGGUGUUUCAGAGUUUAAACUUGACAGCGUAUGAUCUCAAUGUUGACAUGCUUGACGUGCAUGCUGACCGUAACACGUUCCAUAGAUUUGACAAGUUCAAUGCCAAGUACAACCCUAUUGGAGAGAGCAGACUGAGAGAGAUCUUUCUGAAGACAGACAACUUCUGUAAGGGCAAAUAUCUGGCCAAAGUGCUCAAGGAAGUUCUGAGUGACCUAGAGGAGAGUAAGUACACCAAUGCGGAGCUGCGGCUGUCUAUCUAUGGUAAGAGACAGUCAGAGUGGGACGACCUCGCCAAGUGGGCCGUCACUCACAAGAUGUACUCUCCCAACAACAGGUGGAUGAUUCAGAUGCCCAGAUUAUAUGAUAUCUACAAGAGCAACAAUCUGAUCCAAAACUUCCAGGACAUCAUUGAGAACCUGUUUCUUCCUCUGUUUGAAGUCACCAAUGACCCCAAGAGUCACCCUGAGUUACACAUGUUUCUACAACAUAUCUCUGGGUUUGAUUCUGUUGACGAUGAGUCAAAGCCCGAGUUGUUCAAGUUUGACAAGAGUACACCGUACCCAGAGAACUGGCAUAUGGCUGACAACCCACCUUAUGCCUACUAUCUCUACUAUAUGUAUGCUAACAUUGUGGUGCUAAAUCACUUCAGAAGGGAGCGUGGCUUCAACACUUUCACACUGCGCCCUCACUCUGGAGAAGCAGGUCAUGUGACUCACCUAGUCACGGCUUUCAUGGUCGCUGAAAAUAUUUCCCAUGGACUGCUGCUCAGAAAGGUCCCAGUGCUACAGUAUUUAUACUACCUGGCUCAGGUAGGAAUUGCUAUGUCUCCACUCAGUAACAACUCACUGUUCCUGAACUACCACCGUAACCCACUGCCAGAGUACCACGCCAGAGGCCUCAAGGUGUCCCUCAGCACUGAUGACCCACUGCAGUUUCACUAUACCAAGGAGCCAUUGAUGGAGGAGUACAGCAUUGCAGCUCAGGUCUGGAAGCUGAGCCCCUGUGAUAUGUGUGAACUGGCCAAGAACAGUAUAGUAAUGAGUGGGUUUACACACAAGGUAAAACAGCACUGGCUUGGCCCAAACUACAACAAGGAAGGUGUCGCUAGUAACGAUAUUACCAAGACAAACCUGCCUGAUGUCCGAGUGGCAUUUAGAUACGAGACCUUGGUGGAAGAGUUGGACACUAUUUGCAGUGCCGCCAGCAGAGAGACAGACCAGUGUGAACAGUAGGGAGCUAGUGACAUCUGGUGGCGAAGUUGGAUACAGGUGGUGACACCUGGUGGAGUUUUUGCAGUGCUGACCUCUGUUGGAACAUUUUGACAGAGAUUAGGGUUAAUUCUCGGAACCAGGAGGUUAUAGACCCAUCGGAAAGAUGCUGUAGCAGCGACAGAUUUACUGGGAAGAAACUGGUGUGAGCAAUAAUAAAGACAUGUUUAUGAUCUAAGCCGUAUUAGAGAGAAAAAUUUUAAGAAAUAAUUGCAAUCUUUUACAUUUUGUUUGGCAGCAGAUCUAAGUUACCUGAUACAUAGAGGAGCAGUUGAUACUGAGAAGUGUUGACUUGAACAUACUCAAUAUUAAAACAGGGUUCUGAAAUAGCAUAAUUAGUUGUAGAUUGCUCAACGAAAUGAGAUACCAUAUGAAACAUAUAAAUUGCACUUUUUAAGAUGGUAGCUAGCAUUUUUUCUUUCUAUGACUGCACUCAGAACAGUUGACUAGUAACUAGUCCAUGGGUCAUUAUGCUCUAUCCACUUGAAUACUUCCCCACGGGGAAUCUAUUCAGUGUCUUUUAGCGGAUUAGAUGGCAAGCUUUUUAGUUGGUUACUAUAUUUGACCUGUGGCCUAUCUAAGUAAGGCUUCAUUCACAUGCAAUGUCUAUUUUCUAAAUUCUAUUUUCUAUUCGCGGUAUGUCUUAUGAUCACGGUC